UAGUUUUUAGUGAAUGAGCAAUCAUUAACUAAAAUUUUAAAACUUUGACCGUGGGGUAAAUAAAUUAAGAAUAAUGAUAUCUCCAUUAAACAUGGCAGCCCUCAUCAACCGGUCUCUGCAAACACUGAGAUCCCAAAGUAAUGGUAGCCAUCACAAAAUCAUUCGUGGUUUUGUCUCAUCAAGUCAAAGAAAUGACAAAAUUGGACCACAAGCUAAGUUCUUUCCAGUCAUGUCAUCUCCCAUGCUUCCUAAAGAGUCAUUCAAAGGAAAGACAGCCUUCAUCACAGGAGGGGGAACAGGGCUUGGAAAAGGGAUGACCACCAUGUUGUCACAAUUAGGGGCCCAAGUGGUCAUUACAAGCAGAAAACUGCCAGUCUUGGAAAAAACAGCUGAGGAGAUAAGUGGUAUGACAGGGAACAAGGUGCUAGCAGUGGCAGCAGAUGUACGGGAUCCAGAGAGUGUGAAGGCUGCUGCAGAUCGCUGUGAACAGGAGUUUGGUUUACCUGACAUUGUAAUCAACAAUGCCGCAGGAAACUUUAUAUCCCCCACCGAGCGACUGUCCCCCAAUGCCUGGAGAACAGUGGUGGACAUUGUCCUGAACGGAACAGCCAUUGUGACCUUGGAGCUCGGGAAAAGGCUCAUCAAAGCAAACCAAGGAGCUUCCUUCUUGUCCAUAACAACCAUUUACACAGCAAGUGGAUCAGGAUUUGUAACACCUAGUGCUGCAGCAAAAACUGGGGUGGAAGGCCUCACAAAGUCUUUAGCAGCUGAAUGGGGUAGAUACGGAAUGCGAUUUAACUGUAUAGCACCAGGACCAAUCGAAACUAAGGGUGCAUUUAGUCGUCUUGACCCCACAGGACAAUUCAAGGACAAAUUGAUCGAUAUACUACCUGUGGGCCGUUUGGGCGAUCCGUCAGAAAUUGCGAACCUGGCUUGCUACAUGGUCAGUGACUAUGCAAGCUGGAUGAGUGGAAGUGUUAUACGUUUUGAUGGUGGAGAAUAUGUGAUGAGAGCUGGAGAGUUCAAUGAUUUAAGAGUGAUCACUAAUGAACAAUGGGACCAGUUAGAAGCAAUGAUUAGGAAAACCAAAGGCUCUUAGAUAAAAUGAUAGGUUGUAUUAUUGUACAUCCAUAAAUGUAUUUGAUUAAAUCAAAGAGUAUGUUUAGAUGUAUUCCUAAAAUGUAAUAGUGUUGAUUAUGGCAUAGUGUACAUGUAAUUAAACUCUUAAGAUUUAUUAUUAUUAUUAUUAAUUAUUUCCCUUUUUUGUGCAUAUAAUUCUGUAACAUGGUUUCAAAUAUUGCAAGAUGUGAAUAAUUAAGAUUAUAUCAUAGCCAUAAUGCUAUCCUUCAUUUAAUGGCUAUCUUUUGUACGGAGAAUCUGAUUCUCUUCUCAUAAUACACACAUAAAAUUGUAUUUGUUAUUAUCUGAUCUUUGAAAAUAAACUUUUUUGAAACUUUCA